AUGACGGAUCAAGGGUCAGUAUUCGUGGGACAAAAGACGCAUGAAUUUGUUGACGAGACGGGUUUCAGAUUGGUUACCUCUACACCCUACUAUGCACGAGCAAAUGGCCAAGUAGAAGCGGUCAACAAAGUAAUAAUAAGUUUGAUUAAUAAGCAUGUUUGUAAAAAUCCAAAGAAUUUGCACAAGACUUUGGACCAAGUUCUAUGGGCAUGUCGAACGUCCCCCAGAGAGGCGACAGAUUCGAUGCCAUUUCGACUAACGUUUGGUCACGAUGCCAUAUUUCCGAUGGAGAUAUGCUUACAAGCCGUCAGAGUCCAUCGUCAGAAUGCUCUUCAAUCAAAGCAAUACUGGAACAUGAUGUUUGACGAGUUGGAUGAUUUAGACAAAGAAAGAUUGGUUGCGAUCGAAAUGCUGAUCUGGAAAAAGGAACGUGUAGCCAAGGUAUACAAUAGAAAAAUAAAGGAAAAAACCUUUGUUGAUAAUGAUUAUGUUUGGAAAGUAAUCUUGCUUAUGGAUCAUCGAGAUCGAACCCUAGGUAAAUGGUCACCAAAGUGGGAAGGACCUUUUCGAGUAACUCGAACAUACAGUAACAAUGCGUAUGAAAUCAAAGAACUUGGUGGGGAUAAAAGGGUAUUAAGAGUAAAUGGAAAAUAUUUGAAGAAAUAUAAACCUAUGCUACUGGAAAUCCAGAUCCAAACAUAA